GGAAAAAGCUAGCGCGCCUCGUAGCGGUGGCGAAUGCUAGAAACUUUUUCGGGCCGGGCUGCCCCGUUCGCCUGAUACAAAAAAAAUUUUUUCGUUUUGUUGAAAAUCGGGUCUUGUUGACAGAUUUCGCUGGCGUAACAGAAAGGUGGAAGAUCAUAUCCUACGUACCUCCGUGCCUCAUUUUUUCUCAGAAGGUUACUUAGCUUAUCGAUUUGAACGUUGCCGCGUGCUGGCAAAGACAAAGAAGCAGUAGCUUUGCGGUAUAAAAAUAAAAUCUUAAAUCUCUGCUCUAUUUGCUAUAGGCUUCAGCUCUAUUUCUGCCAUACGGCACGACUUCUCGCUCGUCCAUCUCCAGCAUUUCCUUUUUUGAUUGGGUGAGCAGUGCGCGAGUUCCAUCUUGUAUGUCGCGACAUAUCGAAUACAACACUAGCAGGCAGACGCAGAGAAAGAAAUUUCAACAGAACUAGCAAAACAGCAAACCUCUUGAAAUUCCGUGAAAUCCAAAUCGCAAAGGUGUCGCAUCCAUCGUUUUCAAAAUGUCUGCGCAGCUGCUGAUGAAUGUUUACAGGGCCGACGCGACGCAGUCCGUGCUGACUGGGCUUGCUCGCGCGACGAACCGCAUCUACACCCUGUGGGAAGGCGGCGCCCACACGGUUUUUCACUACGGUUUCCUCCCUGCGCUCACCCUAGGCGGCCUCCACUACACCGGAGACUUGUCACUGGGGAUGCUCAUCGCCUCUGUCAACCCUCUGCUCCUGUAGUUCCAAACUACUUGAUGGUAAUAUCAUGUUGGGAAAAUAAUCAUGAUGAAAGAAUGCGAUCCUUGAAGAUGAGAGGGCAGCACCUGCAGCUUACAGCUAUUAACUAGUCGCGACGAUGAAGCUGAGCCUGAGGAUGAGGAGGACGAGACAAAGAAACUUCUACGACGCACCACAACAUAAAGUGAAUUUGACAACAAUGAGAAUGCGGUCUAGCGAAGUGCAACAGUUUUAUCUCGGAAUCAAUAACACAGACGAAGGAAGAAAAGGUAACGAGAACAUGCCUAAUUUCUUUGCGCUCGACGUGAAGAUCAAUCCUACAAGUGAAGCGAUUGUGCCGCUAUGAGUUGGCUAUAGGUACAUGUGCAAUUAUUUCCUCCAGUGCGGCAUUUUAAGAAAAACCAAUAGGACAACACACCAUCUGGUGGCGCGGCUCUGCUGCGUCUGCUAUUGCUUCAUGAUCUCAGUUG